UACAACUCUAAAAUUUAUGCCAAAAACGAGUGGAAAUUUAUAUGCUUGCAAGCAAUAUAAUAUUCUGUGCAGGACAAAUACAGACAGGCAGCUAACAGGAGCAAGAGUGAGUGCAACUAGCAAGCAUCAGUAAUAGCCGUCGUAAUUGCAGAGCCAGCGCCGUGAGCACUAGAAGCUCCAGCGUUUUGGACACUACACACUCAUUCCAAGCAAUGAGUGCUGCAAAGAAAUACAAGCCUAUGGAUACCACUGAACUGCACGACACUGAGAAUAUUGCAUCCAGCCUUAAAAAGGGUGAUAGCAGCAGCAGCUCGAUAACGACAACAAAUCCGGGACGGAGCGCCUUCGCAGCCCAAAAUAUGAAUUCAGCAGCGUCCACAAACGGCGAACGAUUGCCAAACUUUUCAAAACUGGGUGCACAUCAUGGUAAUGAUAUGCGUGCUGCAUCAACUACCUCAAAUCUUCUUAAUCGCAUGGGCGCUAUACACAAUACCAAGCCGGGCGAUGUCAAGAAGAUUGUUAUUAAGAACUUCAAGGCUAAACCCACACUGCCCGAUAACUAUUCUGAGGACACAUAUGUGAAACUGGAGGAGGCCGUUAUCGCCAUACAACUGUCAAAGCCCAUCAAAUAUUCACUGGAGGAGCUCUAUCAGGCCGUUGUAAAUAUGUGCAGUCAUAAAAUGGAUGCACAAUUGUAUGCUAAACUCAGAGAGCUGACGGAGCAGCAUGUCAAACGCAAUAUCAAACUCAAGGAGCUAACUGGCGGUAGCAUGGAUAAACUGAUUUUAUUGGAGAAAAUCAACAACUGGUGGCUGUCAUUCUGCCAGCAAAUGAUCAUGAUACGUAGCAUAUUUUUAUAUAUGGAUCGCACCUAUGUGCUGCAAAACUCGUUCAUACAUUCAAUAUGGGACUUGGGGCUGGACCUCUUUCGUAUACACUUUGCACAGAAUAGCGUUGUACAGAAGCGCACUGUUGAUGGCCUCUUGACGCUCAUUGAAAAGGAACGCCAGGGAUCGACAGUGGAUCGUGGAUUGCUAAAGAGUUUGGUCCGUAUGCUCUGUGAUCUGCAGAUCUACAGCAGUGCAUUCGAGGAGAAGUUCCUCGAUGCAACAAAUCAACUGUACAAGGCUGAGAGUCAACGUAAAAUGCAGGAAUUGGAGGUGCCCGAAUACUUACAACAUGUGAGCAAACGUCUGGCCGAGGAAAAUGAGCGUCUAUUGCAUUAUCUUGACUCCAGCACAAAACAUCCUUUGAUAUACAAUGUGGAAAAGGAGCUGCUUGCCGAACACUUAACCACAAUUCUGCAAAAGGGUCUAGACGCAUUGCUAGAGGAUAACAGACUGAGUGAUCUUACCCUUUUGUACGGCCUGUUAAGUCGCGUCAAAAACGGCACAUCCGAGUUAUGCGGCAAUUUUAAUGGCUAUAUCAAGAAAAAGGGACGCACUAUUGUCAUUGAUCCCGAGAAGGAUAAAAGCAUGGUGCAGGAUCUGCUCGACUUCAAGGACAAAAUGGAUGUCAUUGUGCGCAAUUGUUUUGAGCACAAUGAGAAAUUUACGAAUUCGUUGCGCGAGGCCUUCGAAUUCUUUGUCAAUCAGCGAGCCAACAAACCGGCAGAGCUCAUCGCUAAAUAUGUGGAUAUGAAAUUACGCUCUGGCAACAAGGGCACCACCGACGAAGAGCUGGAAAAGACGUUGGAUAAGAUCAUGGUGCUGUUUCGUUUUAUACAUGGCAAGGACGUUUUUGAGGCAUUCUAUAAAAAGGAUCUGGCCAAGCGUUUGCUUGUGGGCAAAUCAGCCUCCGUGGACUCUGAGAAGAGUAUGCUCUCUAAACUAAAACAGGAAUGUGGCGGCGGCUUCACCUCAAAGUUGGAGGGCAUGUUCAAGGAUAUGGAAUUGAGUCGUGAUGUGAAUUUGGCUUUUCGCGGUCAUACGCUUAGCAAUGAUCGUGAUGUGACCAAUCUGGAUUUAACCGUCAGCAUAUUGACCAUGGGCUAUUGGCCAACAUACGCGCCCACUGAAGUCACAAUGCCGCCGCAGUUCAUAAAUCCCCAGCAGAUAUUCAACAAGUUCUAUCUGGAAAAGCACAGUGGGCGAAAACUGCAGUGGCAGCCAACUCUGGGCAAUUGUGUAUUGCGAGCUCAAUUCGAUGCGGGUCCAAAGGAGUUGAUGGUAUCACUGUUUCAAGCGCUCGUGUUGCUUUUGUUUAAUGAUAAACCAGCGCUUAGCUAUGAGGAAAUCUUGGCUGCCACCAGUAUUGAGGAUGGCGAGCUGCGACGCACCUUGCAGUCGCUGGCCUGUGGACGGGCUCGUGUCAUAACCAAAUCUCCCAAAGGUCGUGACAUUGAGGAUGGUGAUCAGUUCGAUUUCCACAAUGAAUUCACAAACAAAUUGUUCCGCAUCAAAAUCAAUCAAAUACAAAUGAAGGAAACGAAUGAGGAGCAAAAGGCGACAGAGGAGCGCGUCUUUCAGGAUCGUCAGUAUCAGAUUGAUGCGGCCAUUGUGCGUAUUAUGAAAAUGCGUAAAACGCUAAGCCACAAUUUGCUCAUCACCGAGUUGUUCAACCAGCUAACGUUUCCAGUUAAGCCUGCUGAUCUGAAAAAGCGAAUCGAAUCGCUGAUCGAUCGUGAUUACAUGGAGCGGGACAAGGAUAAUCAAAAUCAAUACAACUAUGUGGCAUAAGUGCGUGAAGUUUUCUAUCUUUUUGGCCAACAUUACACACAAAACACGAAUGUAGUUUUCUUUA